AUGAAAAUUCUUACUGGUCGAGAAGAAGCUGUUAAACUAGUAACUCAUUAUGACGUUGCAUUUAUUGGUAUUUUGACAGAUUCUAAAAAAGGUAGUUCGACAAAAUCUAUACCACCACGAGAUUAUUAUACACUUGAAUUCGAAAAAUAUGAUCAGAUACGUGGUCGACCGAUUGAUCAAGAAGAACCAUUAUUUCAUUAUAUGCAAAUAGGUAGUGGUGGUCAAGUAACUGAUCCAAAAACUAAGAAAUUAGUACCAAUACCUGAACCAAAAAAACCUAAAGUCAAUCAACUUUAUUUAGCAUUAUCCGAUGAACCAAAACAAAUUGCACAACUUGUUGAAAUAACAGAAGAUGAUAUUGAUUCAUUACGAGAAGCCGUUGCUGAAAAAAAAGUCAUUAAAGAAUAA